AUGCCGAGACAGAAAGACACUAAGCGGAUUGACCCUACCCGGGCACGUCAGCCAGGAGAACCCGCAGCAGACACUGAACCACACGAUGUUUUUAAAGUUAGUGGUAGCCCUAUUAUCAGUCCCAGGUCGAUCCGCCAUUGCCUUAAGGAGACCGAGUUUGACAUUGACGACAAGCCACGAAAGCUGUCCAACGGCUCGUCGAUUUCUAAGGAAAAUGCUGUAGUUGCGGCUGCAGCGGCUGCUAUCCAGGAAAAAGAGGCACAAGAGGCCCUGAAAGCAGAACAGGCCGCCAACGUCAGCUUACAGGAACUUUCAGGUGUCCAGCUUGUCGUGCAUCAGAUGCUGGCUACCCAUACUCGCACGUUGGCUCAGCUUGGAGUCAAAAGAGCUAAUUUCCCCAACACUAGAUUGUCGCUGAAGCAGGUCGAGUCGAUGCUGAGUCCAGUGGUCGCUCUGUGCAGUAUGCUGCAAGCUGAUCACUUUGGCAUUCAUGUGCCAACUCCUCAGAUUGCACGCACUAUGAAUGAUGUGCACUACUGGAAGCUUUGGGAGUCAGACUACAUUGAUAUUGGCAUUUUUUUCAUGCCGCCGAAGAGUACCAUUCCGCUGCACAACCACCCGGGCAUGAGUGUAGUUACGAGAGUAUUGUACGGUGCUGCUUCCGUGACGUCGUACGAUCUUCUGUCUGACACGGAGCUUCAGACGUUGGAAGCAGGAAGUGAAAUUGUCUAUGAGGAUGCUACCUUUUCUUCAGAUGCGAUCAACCCAGAGGUUGGAUCGGUUUCAUGGGCGCGUGUGAGUCGGGAGGGUCAAUUUGGUCAAGAAACGACAACGUGGCUGGAUCCUCGUCGGUUCAAUUUGCAUAAUAUUCACGCUAGCUCGGGCAUUGGCUGUGCGAUGCUGGAUAUUAUGGUGCCGCCAUAUGACAAUGCAAACCGGGAUUGCCAUCAUUUUAAGAUAUUGGAGCGAAAGAUGGUGCGGAACGAGCGUAUUGUCAAGAUGCUAGAGUCUGUGAAGUCUGACAACCAUAACGAUUUUCCCACGUUGGACAGCACAGCGGAUACGUUGCCAACAUCUUCGUAA